AUGACAGCUAGCUCCAUGCGCGAGCGCGAGCAGACUGCCAGAAACACGGAAAACCUUCUUUUAACCAGGAACUGAGCGCCUUUUUUUGAGCCUUUGCACCCUAAUUUCUUCCUAUUAACCACCGACAUGUCCACACCGAAGAAGGGAGACUUGUCUCCGAGCGAGGAGGAGUUGUUUGUGGUUAUCACUGCGGGAAACGUCCAAGAGGCCUCGAGGCUGCUGGGCUGCAAGGAUGUUCGAGUCAACUGCGUGGACGAGUACGGCAUGACUCCUCUCAUGCACGCCGCUUACAAAGGAAAGGCCGACAUGUGCAAGCUGCUGCUGCUGCAACACGGAGCGGACGUGAACUGCAACCAGCACGAGCACGGAUACACGGCGCUGAUGUUCGCCGGCCUGUCAGGUAAGACCGACAUCACGUGGAUGAUGUUGGACGCCGGGGCGGAAACGGACGUGGUCAACUCCGUGGGAAGGACCGCCGCGCAGAUGGCCGCCUUCGUCGGGCAACACGACUGCGUCACGGUCAUCAACAACUUCUUCUCCCGGGCCCGAGUGGAUUACUACACCAAGCGCCAGGGUUUAGAGAAGGAGCCCAAGCUGCCCUCCAAACUGGCCGGGCCCCUACACAAGGUCAUCAUGAGCACCAACCUGAACCCCGUCAAGAUGGUGAUGCUGGUGAAGGAGAACCCGCUGGUGGCCGAGGUGGAGGCCCUGGAGAAAUGCCGCCGCGUGAUGGAGCUCAUCUGCGAGAAGUGCAUGAAGCAGCAGGACAUGAACGAGGUGCUGGCCAUGAAGAUGCACUACAUCAGCUGCGUGCUGGGGAAGUGCGCCUCCUUCCUCAAGGACCGCGAGGACAAGCUGGACGGCCUCGUCAAGAGCUUGCUGAAGGGGCGGGACCGAGACGGCUUCCCCGUGUACCAAGAGAAGUUUGUCAGAGAGUGCAUCCGCAAGUUCCCGUACGCCGACGCCACCCUGCUGCAGCAGCUGGUGCGGAGCAUCGCCCCCGUGGAGAUCGGUCACGACCCCACGGCGCUGUCGGUGCUGACCCAGGCCAUCACGGGUCAGGUCGGCUUCAUGGACGCAGAGUUCUGCACCUCGUGCGGCGAGAAGGGAGCCGAGAAGAGAUGCUCCCUCUGCAAAACGGUGAUCUACUGCGACCAGGCCUGUCAGAAGAUGCACUGGUUCACCCACAAGAAGGUCUGCAAGACGCUCCAAGAGCAGCGGGAGCAGCAGGAGGCGGAGGCGGCCGAGACGAGGCUGCAGCAGAGCAGAGAGGAGAGUGAAGCCGUGAAGGAGGCCGCCGGCUCCAUGCAGGAGCUCUCGCUGGAGGCCAAAGGUGACGCCCCCCCCUCGGACUCCUCGGAGCCCUCUUCCAUCCCGGCUGCGGACGACUGAGCGAGUCCGUCUGACGCAUGCAGCGCCGGACGGAGGGCGCUAACCGAGACCCCGAAAGCCGGAUGAAGACGGACCAGCCGGAGACCAGAACCCAUAUUUAUUAUCCACGUCGAAGCCCGGGAGGUUCGUGGCCACGGCGGGCGGGCGGACAUUUUUUUUCUUCUUUUUCUUCUUUCUCAAAAAAUAUAUAUAUAUGUAAACAAAUCUUUCAGACGAUUUAAAUCGUAUGUGAAUGUGAACAUGGAUUUGUUUGUGGUAGCGGGCUGUGUGUGUGUGUGUGUUGGGGGUUCAAAGAGCUCGUGGUUCACAUCGAUGAUGGAACGAUAUUUUUGCCUUAAGACUCCCUAGCAACCCGAGCAGGAAAGUCGUGACUUUGUAGCCGGUGGUUUGUUUGCUACGCACUUGAUUUGUAAUUUUUUUUUGUUGAUCUUUUUUGUACCGAUAACUUCACAGCAGAUCGCGAGCGGAGAUGGCAGGGCCGCACAAUAUUGACCAAAAGAAUUAUAUUUUUAAAAAUAAAAACAUGAUUUUAAAUCACCGCGUUUCCUAAAAGAGGGCACCAAUGUUUCCGAAAUGAACCAAAAGGAAAAGUGUUUUUUAUUGUUGUUUUCCCCCCCCUCAUGCAGCGUCGUUGUUUACAGCACAACAACAACAACAUUGUAGUCGCGUGGCUUCGCCGGUCUGUCAUGUUAUCGUGCGGCCUGAAUGGACCGAGAGGUUUCAGGCAAAUCGACGGAUCCCACGAGGCUUUUAUUUAGUCCUGAACGCCGAUGAUCUCCACAAUGUCCAAACAACUUGAGCUCAAUUACAAAUAAAUAAAGACCAACGUCAUCAAAGUAA